GUGAAUUAGGGGAAAGAUGAGGAGUCAUCUUUGACCCAUUCUCUUCAUCACCAUAUUUCCACCAACUGAAAGUUCCCAGUACCCAUAAAAUUCGUGAGUGAAGGUCUUCAUACUCAGAAUCUCUCCGUACUUCUCGAGAGCAAUAACAACAAACUCAAGGUACCAAUUUUCUGGUUCCGAGAUCUCCGUUCAAAUUAGGGUUUAUCAUAUAUAAAAUUGCAUCUCAACCCAAAAACGGAAGGGGGACGACACACACAACAACCAGAAAAUUACGAGCUAAGAGGGUUAUUAAUUGGGUUUUGAGUUGGGUAAUUUGAAAGAGAAGACAGCAAUUGGAGGGGAGUUUAGCCUCGAAUCCAAGGCCGAACAAGAACUACGGAGGAUUGCGGGGUCGAAUUCGGGUCCGUUUCGGUGUUCUUGCGCACAAAAUUAAUGAGUACAUGAGCGGUGACACACCUAAUUCUAAACUCAAGCGAAUCAGGCAGUAUUUAGAUCAAGAGAGAUCAUUCUAUUCUUUUCAAACCGAUCAACCAGAAGAAUUGAAACCAGAGGAAGUUAAAUCAACAGAAGAUAGUCUAAAAGGAGAGGAAAUGGGUGAAAGAACCUUGAAGGAGAUGGCAGCCCCAAAUACGGGAGAUGAUCCUCUCUGCAUUGUGUUUCCGGAGCUGGACAAACCCCUCAAGCUGAAUUCAGGUUUCCUUAAUCUUCUUCCCAAAUAUUAUGGGAAGUCAGGUGAGAAUCCUCAUCGACAUUUAAAAGAGUUUAAGGUUGUUUGUUCUUCUAUGAAUCUUGAAGGAGUUGAACAGGAUCAUAUUAGAUUGCAUGCUUUUCCUUUUUCUUUGCAAGAUGUGGCUAAAGAUUGGUUGUAUGAUCUUCCUGCUGGAUCAAUUACGACUUGGAAUGUUAUGGCAUCAACUUUUCUAGGAAAGUACUUUCCAGCAAGUCUAAUUGGAUCCAUCAGGAAGGAGAUAUGUGGUAUUAGGCAGAAUGAUAAUGAGUCCUUGUAUGAAUAUUGGGAACGUUUUAAGAGAUUAUGUUCAUCCUGUCCCCAACAUCAGAUUAGUGACCAACUAUUAAUUCAAUACUUUUAUGAAGGCCUAUUGCCUACUGAUAGGGGUAUGAUAGAUGCUUCGAGUGGGGGGGCAUUAGUGGACAAAACACCAACCCAAGCUAGGGUUUUAAUUUCAAAUAUGGCUCAAAACACCCAACAACAUGGUACUAGAAAUGAUGUUAAAAGAGUAAAUGGAGUUGAUUUAAGUGGUAUUCAGAAUCAAUUACAAGAAAAUGCUCAACAAAUUGCUACUUUAACGACUCUUGUGUCUAAAAUUGUUGCUAGUAACGAGUCUAAAGCUAGAGUUUGUGGAAUUUGUUGUAAUGAGUCUCAUUCUACUGAUAAAUGUCCUGAAUUGCAAUCUGAAGAUGUGAAUGCUAUAGGUGGUUAUUCUGGUCAAAGAAAAUAUGAUCCUUACUCACAAACUUAUAAUGAAGGUUGGAAAGACCACCCUAAUCUAAGGUAUGGAAAUAGACCACAACUUCCACAAUCUAAUCAACCAAGGCAAUACGGUCAACCAAAUCCACCACCCCAAUCUGGUCCUUCACUAGAAGAUUUAGUUAAACAACUAACAAAUCAAAUAGGACAAGUCCAUAACAAGGGUGUUGAGUAUCAAAAGAAAACUGACACGCGCCUUCAUCAUAUAGACACUCAAAUAGGUCAGAUUUGCACUUCUCUAAGUAAUCUUGAAACUCAACUUUCAGGUAAACUUCCAUCGCAAACAAUCCCUAAUCCCAAUGGUCAUGUUAAAGCUGUCACACUUAGGAGUGGUAAAGUGUUAACUGAGCCUAAAAUGAAAAGUCGUGAAGUUAAAAAAGAGAUAGAAGUCAAUCCUAAAGUUGGAUCAAGGGAAAGAGUGGAAAGUGAGGGUACUGUGAAGGAGAGUGAAAAAGAAAAUGAAGGGGAGAGUAAAACUGAAUCUGAUUCUGUUGUUUCUCGUUUUAAAGAUUUGCCUCCUUUCCCUUCUCGAUUUGCUAAAGCUAAGAAAGAGAGUCUUGACAAUGAAAUUCUAGAAACUUUUAGGAAAAUUGAAGUCAAUAUUCUCCUUCUUGAUGCUAUUAAACAGGUACCUCGUUAUGCAAAGUUUCUUAAGGAACUUUGUACUAACAAAAGGCAUUUUCGUCCUUCUGAAAAGGUAAGUAUGGGGGAAAAUAUUUCAGCUAUUAUCCAAAAGAAGCUUCCCCCUAAGUGUAAGGAUCCUGGCAUGUUUUGUAUUCCUUGCAAGAUUGGUGAUUCUAAGUUUGAAAGGUGUAUGUUGGAUUUAGGAGCCUCCAUUAAUGUUAUGCCGAAAUCUGUUUAUGAUACUUUAAAUGUGGGUUCUUUGUCUAAAACUGAUAUUGUUAUUCAGUUAGCUGAUAGAUCUAACGCAUUUCCAAUAGGAGUCUUAGAAGAUGUACUUGUGCAAGUGAAUGAAUUGGUUUUUCCUGCUGACUUUUAUGUUCUAGAUAUGGGUGAUAGAAGUGAUAGUGUUCCACUGUUGUUAGGUAGACCAUUCCUGAAAACUUCUAAGACUAAAAUUGAUGUUCAUGAGGGUAAUCUAACUAUGGAAUUUGAUGGAGAAAUUAUUAAGUUUAAUAUUUUUGAUGCUAUGAGAUACCCAAGUGAUAUCAAUAAUGUUAGUUCCAUAGAUAUUUUUGAUGCUUUUGAUUGGAUGGCUCAGGAUGUAUUUGAUAAGUGGUGUGACAAACUGUUAGAAAAUGAUGUUCCUGAUUAUAUGCGUGAAAUUUCUUAUUCUUCUGUUGUAGCCGCGUCUGAUGUGGUUGAUGUGAAUGAAAAGUCUGAUUUUUCUUUGCCUUUAUCUGUGCCUAAAUUGAUUCCUUCUAUUGUUCAACCACCUAUUUUAGAGUUAAAACCCUUGCCCUCUAAUCUGAAAUAUGUUUAUUUGGGUGCUAAUGAGACAUUGCCUGUGAUUGUUUCAAGCUCAUUAAAUGAAUUUCAAGAAGCAAAGUUGUUGAAUGUGCUUAAAAAUUAUAAAGAGGCAAUAGGAUGGACUUUAGCAGACAUAAAAGGCAUUAGUCCCACCUUAUGCAUGCAUAGAAUAUUUCUUGAACAGAAUGCUAAACCCACUAGAGAAACUCAACGAAGGUUAAACCCUUCAAUGAGGGAAGUUGUUCAAAAGGAAAUAAUUAAAUGGAUAAAUGCGGAUGUGAUCUAUCCUAUUUCUGAUUCUCAAUGGGUAAGUCCAAUUCAUGUGGUGCCUAAGAAAAGUGGAAUAACAGUAGUUGAGAAUAAUAAAGGCGAGCUUGUCCCCACUAGAGUUCCUAAUGGAUGGAGAGUAUGCAUAGACUAUAGGAAGCUUAAUCAAGCUACUAGGAAAGAUCAUUUUCCUUUGCCUUUUAUUGAUCAAAUGUUAGAAAAACUUGCUGGUCAGUCAUUUUUCUGUUUUCUUGAUGGUUAUUCUGGUUAUACUCAAGUUCCAAUAGCUCCUGAAGAUCAAGAUAAAACCACUUUUACUUGUCCUUUUGGUACAUUUUCCUUUAGGAGAAUGCCUUUUGGAUUGUGCAAUGCCCCUGGAACUUUUCAAAGAUGCAUGAUGAGUAUUUUUUCUGAUUUAAUUGAAAAAGAUAUGGAAGUGUUUAUGGAUGAUUUUACUGUUUUUGGUGAUUCAUUUGAUAGAUGCCUUCAUAGUCUGUCUCGAGUUCUGAAAAGAUGUGUUGAAACUAACCUUGUGUUGAAUUUUGAAAAGUGUCAUUUCAUGGUUGAACAAGGUGUAGUACUUGGACAUAUUGUAAGUGCUAAAGGUUUAGAGUUUGACAAAGCUAAAAUUGAUGCCAUUAGUUCAUUACCUUAUCCUACAUGUGUUCGUGAAAUUAGGUCGUUUUUAGGGCAUGCUGGCUUUUACAGACGUUUUAUUAAAAAUUUCUCUAAAAUUGCAUCUCCUUUGUGUGUUUUACUUGGUAAGGAUGCUGUUUUUUACUUUAAUGAUAAAUGCAAGAAAGCUUUUGAUGAUCUGAAAGAUAAACUGACCUCUGCUCCUAUUAUUAGACCACCUGAUUGGUCAUUGCCUUUCGAAAUCAUGUGUGAUGCUAGUGAUAAAACAAUAGGUGCUGUUUUAGGUCAAAAGAAAGAUAAAGAGUCUUAUGUGAUCCAUUAUGCUUCCAAAUCUCCUGAUUCUGCCCAAUGCAAUUACACUGUGACUGAAAAAGAAAUGUAUGAUGUUGUUUUUGCUUUGGAAAAGUUUAGAACUUAUUUGCUUGGCACUCAUGUGAUUAUAUAUUCUGAUCAUGCCGCACUCAAAUAUUUGUUGAAAAAGAAAGAGUCAAAACCUAGAUUGCUUAGGUGGAUGCUUUUGUUGCAAGAAUUUGACCUUGAAAUUAGGGAUAAAAAGGGUGUAGAGAAUCUGGUUGCUGACCACUUAAGUAGGAUUGUUCCUAGAGAUGAUUGGCCUUUAAUGACCGAGUUCUUUCCUGAUGAACAACUUCUUUCUUUAUGUCGUAUUGAUACUCCUUGGUAUGCUGAUAUGGUAAAUUACUUAGUUACUAGAACAUUUCCUCCUACAUUGUCUAGAGCUCAAAAGGAAAAGAUCAAAUCUGAUUCUAAAUACUACUUCUGGGAUGAUCCAUAUUUAUGGAAAUCUUGUUCUGACUUAAUAAUUAGGAGAUGUAUAGAUAAACCUGAAUAUGCUUCUAUUCUUCAUUUUUGUCAUAAUCUUGAAAGUGGAGGUCAUUUUGGUCCUCAAAUGACUGCUCAUAAGGUCCUUGAAUGUGGUUUGUAUUGGCCUACAAUUUAUAAAGAUGCUUAUGUAUUUUGCAAGUCAUGUGAACGUUGCCAAAAGACAGGUAAUCUGUCUAAAAGAAAUCAGAUGCCUCAAUCUGGUAUUCUAAUUUGUGAGAUAUUUGAUGUGUGGGGUAUAGAUUUUAUGGGUCCUUUUCCGUCUUCUUUUGGUAAUGUCUACAUUAUUCUUGCUGUUGACUAUGUUUCUAAAUGGGUAGAGGCAAAAGCUGUGAUUACUGAUGAUGCCAAAACAGUGGUAAAAUUUGUUAAGAGUCAUAUUUUUAAUAUAUUUGGCAUGCCUAAGGCUAUUAUUAGUGAUAGAGGAACACGCUUUUGCAAUAAAACCUUUGGUUCCCUUCUUGAAAAGUACCAUGUGACUCAUCGAGUAGCUAUUGCAUACCACCCGCAAACUAGUGGUCAGGUUGAAGUGUCUAAUAGAGAAAUAAAGUCUAUUCUAGAAAAAAUGGUCAAUCCGAAUAGGAAAGAUUGGAGUCUCCGUUUAGGUGAUGCUCUAUGGGCAUAUAGGAAUGCUUAUAAAACACCUAUAGGAAUGUCACCUUUCAGACUUGUUUAUGGAAAAUCUUGUCACCUACCUGUAGAAAUUGAGCAUAAAUCUUUCUGGGCAGUGAAGCAAUGUAACUUAGACUAUGAUUCUGCCGGAAAAGAGAGAAAGUUACAGCUCCUUGAGUUGGAAGAAUUAAGGCUUGAAUCUUAUGCAAAUGCUAAAAACUACAAAGAGAAGACUAAAGCAUUCCAUGAUAAAAUCAUAGCUAGGAAGUCUUUUCAAGUUGGCCAGAAAGUUCUUUUAUUUAAUGCUAGACUGAAAUUAUUUCCUGGAAAAUUGCAAACUAGAUGGCUUGGUCCCUUUGUUGUUACUAAUGUGUUUCCUCAUGGUGCAGUGGAAAUAAAGGACUUUGGUACUGACAAAACUUUCAAAGUUAAUGGUCACAGAUUGAAGCCAUUCUAUGAUCAAGCUUAUGUGCAAAUGAUCGAAGAUGUCACGUUUGAGGAAAUCUGACAAAGAAUUGAGAACGUCGAGCCAACGACUUAAACUAACGGCGCUAUUGGGAGGCAACCCAUGAUUAUUUUCUGCUGACAUUAUUUAUUUUAUUUUAUUUUAUUUUAUUUUAUUUAUUUUAUUUAAUUGUAUUUUUUUUGAAAUUUAUUACUCCGCUAUUUUCAGUUUCUGAAAGUUCAGUUUACUUUAUUCCACCUCACAGACUAUGUGAAUAACCUAAGCUAAAAUGUCUCAUAAGUGAAGCAUGGAUAACUUACAAGAAUUCUGCAGUUCAACCCCUUGUUGUCACGAUAUUGAAAAGUCAGUGUAAUUGAAUUUAUUUCAUUUGCAGGGGGCAAGUAUAAUUCUGACAAUGGAGUAAUACCAAGCUGAACAAGCCCUAAAUCAGCUGCAACAACAGCUCUUCUGAUACGGUUAUGGAUGAAAGUGAUAGUCUUAUGCUAGCAAUUGGAACCAAAACUGAUUUGGGUUCAAUGGCUCAUUUUGUGUGCAUGGUGACUUGGAUUGAGUGAGCUCGUUAUAUGGUCCUUAUUAUCAAGGUGGUACGUUAAUCAAACUGGUCCGUUUAAUCACAUUGGUCCGCUUGUUUAAACAGAUUGUACGCACUUAUUAUUUUUAAUUGCUUUGGUUAAAGUCGGUUUAAUAAAGGGAUAUUUGUUUAAAUCCCCAAUUUAAAUUCAGUCAUUACUUAGCUUUGAUUAUUGCUGUUUGUAAGGAGAGUUUUAAGCCUUUGUAACCUCCAAUUUAGUGACUGAAUUAGGAGGUUUUAGAGCUUGUAACUGCCAGUUUUAAAGGCUCUUAAAUGGCUCUUAAUUAGCCGUUUAAAGCUCUUGUAGCUGUUGGUUUUUGGCUAUUUAUAGUCAGCUUCUUGAUUGGAAUAAACAACCAACUGGAUGAUUAAAACACUUGUUUGUUACAUUUCGAAUUA